ACACGUAAGACACGUCGAGGAAGGAACGGUAAAAUUGCCUGUGCUCGGUACCAGAGAGUGGCUGGUACCGAGACUAUUCUCGUGUGUCUUUCUAUCGAACACAGAUAGAGGUCCUACGGCGUGUAGAGCUGGCCUUAGGCCAGCUCUUGGCCUUUUUGUUGGUGGUUGCAGUGUUACCUCAAGAUUCAUUUACACAUGAUGUAACAUCGUUUAUGGGUAUGAAAACUCAAUUUUUCUGCUCUGUUGAACACGGGGAUCGUUUUCGGUGGAGAGUGAAUGAAACUGAUCUAACAUUUUCUCAGUCUGAUGAUAUACAAACUAGUAGUACCUCACUCCCCAGUGCUACCUUGUACACCCUCACCGUAACCUCCAGAGCUGAAUAUAAUUACACCUAUGUGGUGUGUGAGGUACAAGAUGAAAGUGGUGACUGGAUGGUAAAGAACGAUUUUACUCUAAUCAUUAGAGGUCUGUUUGUGUCCGUGACCAAUAACUCAAACUCUACCACCAUCUCGUGGAGUGCUCCAUUCUCUCUGGAUGUGACUGGUGUUGAUCCUGGUAUCUGGUACUCUGUCCUCAUCUACAAUGUGACAGAUGAGAACAACCCAACAGCCAUCCUCUGUACUGACUGUAUCAAUAUCACUGAGACACACUACACCUUCACUCCUGACUACCUCAGUCCUUGUCAUGUGUACAACUUCUCUGUCAUCCCUCUGAAUGGAGCUGGCCAGGGAGACAGGAGUGAAGGCGUUUACGGACAUACCAUUGCAGUGUCCGCUGUUGAAGACAGCAGUUACUGUCCGCUGCCUCGACUCCUCCUUGGUGUUGAAUCCGUUAACCAGCUCGACGUUCCCAUAUUUCCUACCUGUGACCCCAGCCAGCAAUCUGGGGGAACUUGUACUUUCGAGUUUGAGGAAGGCUCAGUUAGCUACACUGGAAACUCGUCUGGAUCAAUUGCCUACUACAGAAUAUCAGAUGAAUACUGCCUUAAUUCUACAUCAGAGAGGAAGUGUACGGCUGGAGAAUGGAUCGAAGGAAUCAUAAUUGAGGCAGUUGCGACGAAGGACUUCCCACAGACCAUUCAUUUUGUCUUAAUUGGGAUUGGAGCUCUUUUUCAAUUAUUUGGAGAAGUGUUUGACAUUGUUGCAGCAUGCAUGUUUCUACUCAUAAAAAGAGAUCUUACGAAAGAAAUGAAUCAGGGAUCAAUUCGCACCACCACUACACCACAACUACAACUAAGUGUGAAAAGUGGAGACUUUGCUCAGUUUCGGUGGAGCCCCACUGUGGGGCUGGCCAUAAGAGAUGAAAGGUGUGAGCAAGAAAGGGCAAAUGUUCAGGGAGUGGCGGCAGAUAAGACGAAAGCGGUCAAGAAAGAACAGAGGCUCUAG